CUUACAUAUUUGCACUUCAUAUCCCACAAUCCUUUUGUCAGUUUCACUACAUUACCCAUACACCCCCUGGGCAAGGUCUAUAAGUAGACCUCACUUCCUCCCUUUUUUCCUUUUGUAUUGGUGAGGUGUGGUGGUUGGAAUGGACACCCAACCAUGUCCUUUCCUUAGGAUGCGUUGAUGACUAAAGACCAUCUUGUACGUCCUGUUUAUCCUGUCCCUCCAUUAACAUCAGUUCAUUGGCGUCAUGUGUGUCAGCUCCAUGUGAAUUAAGACUUUAUCAUCCUGAACUGAAAAUAAAAGAGAGCAAAGGACUGGUAUUUUUUCCAUGUGUUUUAAUCAGACACACCAUCAAGUUUCUACAACUCCAACGAACUUUGGAUACAUUUAACAUCUGAGAUCCAAUAUAUGGUCCUUCGAGCCGGAGGUAGAAAUUUGGUGGAAUGGAUUACCAUGCAAGACCUGCAAUCCGGCGCAGCCUAAGAAGCAGAAGACCUCCUGCCCGUUUUGUUGACUGUAUGGUGAGAGAAUAUGGUCCUCCUCCGCCUCCCUCACCAACGCUAGUUGUAAGUGAUCAUCACCAAACUCAGUAUGAAAAUCCACCUUUAAGACAUUCCCCAAGCUCAUCGGCUCCUUGUGAACAGCCUCAACAUGAUUUGCUCGAUAUGGAUGUUAAACAAGAGAUACUUGGACUUAAGGGUAUGCUUGGUGAGAUGAUGUCUAAAAUGUCACAGUUAGUAGUUUCUUCCAGACAUUCUGAAUUUUCUGAGUCUUUUGAUGAUGCUUCUGAUGAUGAUGAUAAUGCCUUAGUUAAUCCAUCUAUUGUUCAAGAAUUGUGUGCAUGUAUUAAGACAGCUGAAAAGAAACCUACAUGUGAGUAGGCCUAGUUCUCUGCCUCUUCCUCCUUCCUCAUUGUUACGUAGUCCACCCCAACAGAUGCACACACAUGAUAUAGCAUCACAACUACAAUUUAGUAUGUUACAACCUUCUAUUGUUCCAUUGGUUCCUGGGCCUUCUAAUUGUCAGUCCCCUCAAGUGCAAACAUCACCAGUGUUGGUACAACCAACUGGUCCACCACAACCAGUGUAGUUCCUUUUCCUCUGCCAUGGUUCAUUCUCAGUUAUCCUCACAAGUAACAUCAGCACAGUUACCUCCACAGCCUCGGUAUGCUGUUUCUCAGUAUUCACAGCCAUUAGGACCAUCCUCUAGCUCGGCAAUUCCUCAUGUAGCCUCAGCUAAUGUAGGCCCUCACAUGCAAUCUGUAGGUCAGGUAGGGAAUGAUGUUGUACAACCUCCUGCCCCACAUAUUCAACCAAUUGUUCCCACUACCCAGUCAACUGCAAUUCCAUUCCUUCAUCCUUAUCCAUAUUCCCAACCAUAUUAUGCAUCAUAUCCUGUUCCUUCCUAUCCUACUUCUCGUGUUCAGGGACCUACCUUUCCUUUCCUGGUUAAUGAUGAUCCCCAAGAAUUUGCAAUGUUGCAGCUAGCAUUGACAAAUUUGUUGUCACCCCAUGAGCCAGAACAUUACAAAUUCCAUAUCUUGUUAGAUCAUUUAAAAUUUUCUCCAGCUCGUGAUCUAGCGUUAGCUUAUGCUAACGAUCCUAGGCCUUACAGUAUGGCUCUUUUUGCCCUACAGCAGAAAUAUGGGCAACCUCACCAACUAGUUUUGAGAGAAAUCAAAGCCAUUCUAGCUCUCCCCAGGGUGAGACCAGGUGACAGCAGAGCAUUUAGUAGCUUCGCAUUAAAGGUUCGAGCUUUGGUUGGCAUGCUCCAAUCUUCGGGCCAAGACCAAGUUAAAUCUGAAUUGUCCUGUGCUUCUCAUGUACAGCAACUACUCAGUAAACUGCCCACCGAGCAUGUGACCAACUUUGCCCGUUAUGCCCGUACAAUCCUAAAGGGUCAAAGCUACAACCUGAUUAGCUUUUCCGCUUGGCUCCAAGAAGAAGCUGAGUGUCAAGCAAUGGCUGAUCAGGUUAGUGACUUUCCAAAACCAUUCCUGAGUAAACCUCAACCAAAGACUUCCAUUAACACUCGAACAGUCUUGUACGGAGUUAACAGUAAUUCUGUUGUGCCAAGAUCCAUUAAUAAGCAACCCCAGAAUGUGAGAGAUGGAGAAUGGAGUUCCAAAUAUUCAUGCGCCUAUUGUUCCAGUAGAGAUCAUUUCAUUGGCCUGUGCCCCUCUUUUAAAUCUCUAGAAGACACCAGGAAGGAUGCAUGGAUUAGAGAGAACAAAAGAUGUUGGAGAUGCGGGCUUAACCAUCUAGCUGUCAACUGUGACUUGAAGAAACCCUGUCCACAGUGCAAAGGCAGACAUCUUGGUAUCCUUCAUGGAGUUAAUUGUCGUGACCAAGAUAACGGUACAUUCUAUCUUAGUCGCCUUGGAGGUUCUGGUAGGGUCUUGCUUAAAGUUGUUGAAGUACUUCUCCAUUAUAAAGGAAGAUCCUUGCAAACCUAUGCCAUCUUAGAUGAUGGAUCAGAACGUACCAUGUUGCUACCUCAAGCAUCUGAGUCUUUGGGCCUCAAUGGGGUACCUGAGUCCCUAAUUGUUAGAACUGUACGUCAAGAUACCCUUGCACUUGAAGGUUCUUCUGUAACCUUUGAAAUAUCUUCCAUGACCAAUCCAGAAAAGAAGUAUUCCAUUUCCAAUGCCUUUUCUGCUGCUAGAUUGGGACUGGCAGAACAGACGUAUCCUGUUGAGAUCUUGCAGAGACGUUUCAGACAUCUUCGAGACUUACCCCUUCCAGCCUUCUCUAAAGUCCAACCACUUGUUCUUAUCGGUGCAGACUAUCCACACCUGAUAAAUCCCAUUGAUCAGGUGUAUUUCGGGCCUCCUAAAUCUCCAGCUGCAAUACAGACCAGGUUAGGAUGGGUACUUCAAGGCCCAAUACCGAUUCCUAACACUGAUGAGACUCAGUGUCUUUUUACCAUCGCUAAUCCCCUAGAAGAACUUCGCCAUGAUGUGGAGAAAUUAUGGAAAGUAGACAUCCUUCCUUUCAGGAAUGAGAAAGUCAUUACUAGGUCUAAGCAAGAUCAGGCAGCUAUGGAAUUGUUGGCCUCUAAGUCUAAAAAAGUUGAUGUGGAUGGUGUGAAAAGAUAUGCCACUCCGUUAUUGCGCGCUUCUUCCGCCAUAAAGCUGCGGACCACACCAAAUGCAGUUAUGUCUUCUCUCAGAUGUAUCGAACGACGCCUCCAGAGAAAUCCUAAAACUGCUGCUGUGUACAACCAAGAGAUUGCUAAGUUGGAGGAAUCCGGUUAUGUUUCCAAAGUGGAACUUCCCCAUGACUCAUCUGAUGAAUCGUGGUAUAUUCCUCAUCAUAUUGUGGAGCAUAACGGAAAAAAGAGAAUAGUCUUCAAUUGUUCCUAUCAAUAUAAAGGUGUGUCACUUAACAGUCAACUUCUUCCUGGUCCACAGUUGGGCCCUUCCUUACUUGGUGUCCUACUCCGGUUUCGUCAGUGCCCAGUGGCCAUUAGUGGGGAUAUAAAAUCCAUGUUCCAUCAAGUUAGGCUAUUACCAGAAGACCGUUCUCUCCUACGCUUCCUGUGGCGCAAUAUGCAGAGCACAAAUCCACCUGACAUCUACGAAUGGCAAGUUUUGCCCUUUGGCACGGUAUGUAGUCCAUGUUGCGCAACAUAUGCUCUACAAAGGCAUGUCCAUGAUCACCAAGAAGGGUAUGAAGAUAUAGCGAGCUCUGUACUUCAGUCAUUCUAUGUUGACAACUGCUUAGAGAGUUUCCCAAAUGUGCAAUCUGCUAAGAACUUCUUAGACCGAAUGCGUUCUUUACUGAUGAGUGGAGGAUUUGAAAUUAGACAGUGGGCAAGUAACCAGCCUGGUGUUGUCCGACAUCUCCCUCCUGAAGCCAGGUCUGAGAAUGCUGAACUGUGGAUCAAUCAAGACAGUUUAGAUCCCAAAGAAGGAGCUCUGGGUCUGAGUUGGCACUGUCCCUCUGAUUCAUUAGGGUAUCGAUCCCGAACAGUGGAGUAUAAGACAACAACCCUGCGUAAUAUAUAUAAAGUUCUCGCCAGUCAGUAUGACCCAUUGGGUUACAUAACCCCCUUUACAACGCGAGCUAAAGUCAUCAUACAACAAUGCUGGAUGAAGUCCCGGGGCUGGGAUGAUCCCCUUAUGCCAAAUCCUAUUCAACAGGCCUGGAAGGCUUGGGAAACUGAGCUCCCUGACCUGUCAUUAAUACAGCUUCCACGUUGUUAUCUAAGUUUACCUUCCGACCAAAUCACAUCCAGAGAGUUGCAUAUAUUUUGCGACGCCUCAGAGAGCGCAUACGGGUCUGUAGCCUAUUUGCGAAUGGGAACUGACAAGGGUGUGGUACAUACUUCCUUCAUCAUGGCAAGAUCUCGAGUUGCCCCAAAAAAGCAAAUAUCCAUCCCUCGCCUUGAACUUUGCGCUGCUCUAACAGGUGCACAGCUUUGUAAACUCCUGCAGAAUGAAUUGACUCAUCCUUUGACAAAUAUUGUCUUAUGGUCCGACUCGACAACUGUCUUGUCUUGGCUGCAUUCCCUCUCCUGCCGUUACAAAGUUUUUGUAGCUAAUAGAGUCACUGAAAUAUUAGAGCUCACUGAUCCCUCUUCUUGGAGAUAUAUUCCAUCUGCACAGAAUCCAGCAGAUGACAUUACGAGAGGCAAAACUCUUGUAGAGCUAGCCAAACCUGAUCAUAGAUGGCGACAAGGUCCAACGUUUCUGAAAUUUCCUCCAGAUGAAUGGCCCAAAAAUCUAGUAUCUACAUCUGAUAGUCCUGAUCCUGAGCUUCGUAAACCACUCUUUUGUGGGUUAACACAAUUGGAUGAUAUUGUACUCCCAGAUCCUGCCCGUUUUAAAUCAUGGUCAGAGUUACAGUUUGCAACAAAUGUGUUACUGCGACAACAUAGUGAGGACUCUUGUGACGCCUCUUCUGUCCAAAAUCUCCUUUUGAGACAAGCCCAGCAACAAAGUUUUCCCUCCGAGUAUCAGUGUUUAACGAAAGGAAAGCCCAUUGAACCUCAAAGUUGUCUCCUAACACUUUCUCCCGAAUUCAAUGAAGAAACGGGACUUAUUGUAGUGGGCGGUAAGCUCAGGCGUGUAGAGGAUAUGGAACCUGGAAUGGUUCAUCCAAUCGUCCUCGACCCCAAACAUCCAUUGACCCAGUUAAUUAUUAAGGACUGUGACGAGAAACUUUUCCAUCCUGGUCCAGAGAGAGUUUUCUCAGAACUUCGACGCAAUUACUGGAUAAUUAGAGGGAGACAAGCCGUAAAAAACAUCAGUGGUCUUGUUUUCAAUGUAGGAAGUGGAGAGCCAAGCCAUCUAUUCCUCAAAUGUCAGAUCUUCCACUCUCCAAGCUCCGGUUGUUCAAACCUCCCUUUUGGUCCACCGGAAUGGACUGUUUUGGUCCCUUCCAUGUAAAUAUUGGCCGUAGAACAGAGAAGAGAUGGGGCAUUCUGUUUAAGUGUCAGACCACUCGAUGCCUGCACCUUGAUUUGUUGAGCAGUUUAGAUGUGGACAGCUUUCUAAUGGGCCUACGUCGUUUCAUAUCCAGGAGAGGUAGGCCGUAUGAGAUUCUUUGUGAUCAGGGAAGCAAUUUCCGUGGAGCUGCAAGAGAGUUAAAGGAAGCCUUCCAGAACCUUCCCACUGAGCUACAAGACAAAUUGGAAAAGCAGCAGAUCAAAUUUAAGUUUAAUCCACCACAAGCUCCUCAUUUUGGGGGGUCAUGGGAAAGAGAGGUCCGUUCUGUUAAAACAGCAUUGCGGGUGGUACUCGGCAGUCAAACCGUAUCAGAGGAAGUCCUACGGACCGUUUUGACAGAAGUUGAAGGAGUGUUAAAUUCAAAGCCACUUGGUUACGCCUCUUCAAAUAUUUCAGAUCUCGACCCCAUUACUCCAAAUCUCCUCCUCAUGGGGCGGCGAGAUUCGUCUUUACCUCAGGUGAUUUAUGCCAAUACUAAGCUCCUUGGCCGCAGAUCUUGGCGCCACAGCCAGGCCCUCGUUGACCAGUUUUGGACAUCUUUUAUCCGACAUUACUUACCAGGUCAGCAGCUCCGUCAAAAAUGGAAUCGAGAAAAACCUAAUCUAAAUGACUCUGCUGUCGUGUUAGUAAUUGAUUUUCAACUCCCAAGAGCAUCAUGGCCCAUUGGCAGGGUAGUACGCCUCUUACCUAGUCAGGAUGGACGUGUCAGAGUAGCUGAGAUUGAUAUUAAUGGAAAGACGUAUGUACGUCCAGUUGCUAAGUUGAUUCCAUUACCUGAAAUAGAUGAGUAAUAGCAAAUACAUGACUGUAUUUGGGGGCGGCUGUUGUGAAUUUGAUCCUUUAAUUAUACUUUUUAUUUUUUUUUUCUUUCUCCUUACAUAUUUGCACUUCAUAUCCCACAAUCCUUUUGUCAGUUUCACUACAUUACCCAUACACCCCCUGGGCAAGGUCUAUAAGUAGACCUCACUUCCUCCCUUUUUUCCUUUUGUAUUGGUGAUGUGUGGUGGUUGGAAUGGACACCCAACCAUGUCCUUUCCUUAGGAUGCGUUGAGUAAGUUUGUUUUGUCAAUUGUUUAAAAUAUAUGUUGUUAUGUUACUGAUGAAUUAUAUGAGUUUAAUUUCCUUUAUUGUAUUGUUUGUAGUGACUAAAGACCAUCUUGUACGUCCUGUUUAUCCUGUCCCUCCAUUAACAUCAGUUCAUUGGCAUCAUGUGUGUCAGCUCCAUGUGAAUUAAGACUUUAUCAUCCUGAACUGAAAAUAAAAGAGAGCAAAGGACUG